AUGGAUUUAAAUUCUGAAGAAUUAGCGGGAGUAUAUAAUACAUACGUAGAUGAUAUGAUUAAUGAAGCAUUGAGUGAUAAUAGAAAUGCUCUAUCUAAGGAAAAAUUAAUGAAAAUUCCAUAUUCUGAAUGUUACUUAAAUUCAAUCACUGCAGCAAUUGGUAAACAAAAUAAAGGUAAAACAUUAACGAUAUUAAAACAAAUUAUCAUUAUUGCUAACACUUCCCCCCAUUCACAUGUGUUAAUUUAUAUCAACCGUUCAGGUUCACCUUCAGAUGAUACAUUUGAAUCUUUAAAGCAUUUAAUCAAAAUUCCAAUUAUUUAUUUAUCACAAGAAGAAGCAGAAGAUUAUUUAAAAAACUUUUUAAUGUAUAAAGAAUUAUAUAAUACAAUCAAGAAGCAAGGAUUAGAGGAUAAAAUUAUUGAUAAACAACGGGAUGAAUUAUUUGAAACACUUUCUAUUUCAAAUUUUGA